GCAGGUUUGGCUCGGAGGUUGUGGCAACACCGCGACGGAUCCUGCGCACGUGGCCAAGGUGGUGCCCAAGAAGAAGGGACUGACAGUUGCUGGCACUCUAUUCAAGGCUUGUCCCGGCAAUUACCAAUGCGUGAUGCUGUCAAAAGCAGUCUUCAAGAAUCCUGGAGACAAAGUUAGAGUCAAGGUGACCUUGAUUACAAGCUUGAAGAAGUUUGACUACUACGUCGGCAUCAUCGGUCAUCGUGGCAUUGGAACCUGGUCUGAUGAAGUACACUUCUGCCUGUCGGGAGGCCGUGGGGAAUUCUGCUUUGUGUCACAGAAGUACAAAGAUGCAGACUUCGGCAGUCAAGGUAGUUCAGGAAUGCCAGCUCUGGAUGUUGGAGACGAGGUGAUAAUGUCCUUGACCAUUGGUGAAGAAGAGGAGAGACCCAGGAUUCAACCAGGCUCUAGGCCAGCGACGCAUCCAGUGAUCCUAAAGACCUUCGCCAAUCUUCGGCAAAAAGCUUCUGCCAGUGGCCCUUGGGAGGGCUGGCGCUUGUUCAUCGGUCUCACGGGCGCCACCUGUGCGGUGGAGAUGUUGACGUGA